AUGAAUAAAAUUCUACUAGAUGGAAUUAAGAAGAAGCUGGAAACAGCUAAGGGAUUGUGGGUAGAAGAAUUGCCUAGCACUUUAUGGGCAUAUCGAACAACGACAAGGCUAGCAACUGGUGAAACGCCCUUCAUGUUGGCAUAUGGAACAGAGGUAGUGAUUCCUGUGGAAGUAAGAGAAACGUCCAUGAUGGUACAAUUCUACAAUCCGGAAGUUAAUGAUGAAGAAUUAAGGGUAAACCUGGAUCUACUGGAAGAGAUUAGAGAAACAGCUCGGGUAAAAAAUGUGGCUCAUCAGCAGCGAACGGCACCCCACUAUAAUUCAAAGCUGAAAGCCAAAAGAUUUCAUCAAGGAGAAUUGGUCUUACGUCCAGAUUCAACUUCAGGAAGGAGGAAACGAGGCAAACUACGGAUGCGCCUAAACUGUAAGCCCGAUCUUCCUUGUCUUGAUCCUCCUGAGCAGGACAAUAAGUGA